AUGGAUAAGAAACAGCCAUCCAGGUCCAAGAAGCACAGAAUCCCAAAUAGGAUCACCCCAAAGAGAACCACACCAAGACAGAUUGUCAUUAAAACAGCAAAAAUUAAGGAUAAAAAGAGAACACCAAAAGAAGCAGGGGGUCGGGGCGGGGUGGUGGGGAAGAUCUGGGUGAAAUACAUAUCCCAGCCCUGCGUGACUAAACAUGAGCUUGGCGCUGCUGUCCUUUUCAAGUUGUGGAAGAAUCAUGCAAAAUUGGCGAGCACGGUGUCCUCUUCCGAUCUCCUGUCUCCAAAAAAGGUCGGUGAUGACAUCGCCAAGGCAACUGGUGAUUGGAAGGGUCUGAGGAUUACAGUGAAACUGACCAUUCAGAACAGACAAACCCAGAUUGAGGUGGUACCUUCUGCUUCUGCCCUGAUCAUCAAAGCCCUCAAGGAACCACCAAGGGACAGAAAGAAGCAGAAAAACAUUAAGCACAGUGGAAAGAUCACUUUUGAUGAGAUCGUCAACAUUGCCCGGCAGAUGCGGCAUCAGUCUCUAGCUAGAGAACUUUCUGGAACCAUUAAAGAGAUCCUGGGGACCGCCCACUCUGUGGGCUGCAAUGUUGAUGGCCGACACCCUCAUGACAUCAUAGAUGAUAUCAAGAGUGGUGCAGUGGAGUGCCCAGCUAGUUAAGAACUGCAAAGGAAAAAGAAAAAUAAAGGAUCAUUUGACAACCA